AUAGUCAGAUUAAUUUUGUCAGAAUUUUAAUUUGUGCCAACUGAAGAUAAUUGCUGGUCUAUAAAAAGCUCAGGGGGAGUGUAUCAGCUCAAAUUGCGCCUGUAAGUAUUUUGUACUUGUAAAUUCAAUUGUCACGGAAGCGAGAGUGAAAAGAGGAUUCAGGCGCGGAUCUCUUCAAAGGCAAAACAGUGCGUUUAUUUACAGUGAGAAAAACAGGUAAGUCCAACAAUUCAAUCAAUGAGUGCAGUUUCCAAACAGUCCUUUGCUCCCCCUGUGUUUCGUGCUGAGGUUCCUUGCGUGCGUGUGCUCCCCAACUCUCUUCUCCACCUGACUCUCCAGUUUGGAGUAAUAAUCCCACAUCGACUGUCGCCGCGAGCCCAGGUUAAAUACCUCCGACCGGCAGGGAAGGUUGAUUGACAACAGCUGGCCAAGUGAUCAGACGCAGGUGGGCAGGCGACAGCGAGGAGGGACUUCCGGUGACAAAGGUCGUCAGGUCACGCCUUCCCCACGGCGCGCACUUCCGUAAACACGGCUUCGUGGACAGGGGAGAGAGAUAAAAAAGAACACACACACACAAGCAAGGUCGUCUGGGGAGGACCGUCCGACCGUGACAUAAAUGACUAGUUGUGAACUGAGUUUUGUAACCUUGUAAACCAAAAUAUCAGAAAAUUUUAAGUUUGUGCAUCUAUAGAAGUGAAUCUGUGUAAAAAAGAUUUGUGUUUGUAAAAUAUAUUCACACAAGUUACACAUUUUUUUUGUUAAGGUCUGGUUACAGAUAGAAAGGAAGAAAGACAGUAAAUCCAUAGAUAUCAUAGAAGGUAUUGUAGGUAGAAUCUUUAUGGUUAUUGUAACCGUUUCAGCUUUUCAGAUUCUAUUAAAAAAAAAUAUAGUUAUUGUGGAAAUAUUACAUGAACAAAUGUCUGCAUAAAACCUCACCAAAUUUAGAAAAUCAUUUCUGGAACCUAUAAUUUCAUGGGCAUAGCAUGUAAAUGAACAUAUUUGAAGUAUAUCAAUUUUUGUAUGCUUUAAAAAAACGUUCUGGCUAUAGUAAUGACACUGAUAUGACUGAUUUUCUGUUUUGGCUGCAGGUCAUCAACAUGAUGUCUGCCAGCUAUCUUCUUAUUGAACAACAGCUUUUGUGCUGCAUCUGUCUGGACGUGUUCAGGGAUCCCGUCACACUCCCAUGUGGACACAACUUCUGCAAACAUUGCAUCACAGAGCAUUUGAAUUUGAAUUUCCAGCGCAAGUGUCCCAUGUGCAAAGAGCAUGUGGAGAGGAAAUAUAAGCUUGGUGUGAAUACUUUUAUAUCUGAGAUGGCUGUUCAGUUUAGAAAAACUAUUGGAAAGAAAGCCGAUGAUGGCUCAGAGCAACACGAUGCCACACCAGAAAAAGUUUCUUAUGAUACUCCUGCUGCACCUAAACGGACAUCCCUGAAGUCCUGCCUGUUCAUAACUUUUAGUUUAACUUGUCUGACACUCUUCUUUGUAGCUAAUCUACAAUUUCAUCAAGCAUUGUCCAUCUCACCAACUCACCAGCUGUUUAAUUCUGUGGAGAAGGAAGAAGACAGGAUGUGUGCUGAGCAUGACAAACCUUUGAAGUUCUAUUGCAAGAAUGAACAAAUGAUCAUAUGUCAGUCAUGUGUGGACACAGAUCACAGAUUUCACCAGGUAGUUCCCCUGAUAGAAGAAUAUGAAGCAAAAAAAAAAAAAAAAAAACACAACUUGGGAAAACAGAGGCUAAAAUUCAGCACAUGAUCCAAGAGAGACAAAGAAAAGUCCAGGAGCUCAAACAAUCCUUGAAGGUCAGCACAGAAGCUGCAGACAGAGAGACGGCAAAUGGUGUUCGGGUCUUCUCGGCUCUGAUUCAGUCUCUGGAAAGAGCUCAGGCAGAGCUAAUUGAGAUGACUGAAAAGAAUCAGAAAAGGACAGAGAAACAGACCAAAGUUUAUAUCAAAGAGCUGGAGCAGGAGGUCUUUGAGCUGACGAGGAGACGUGCUGAGAUGGAGGAAAUCUCACGCUCUAAAGACCGUCUUCAUUUUCUCCAGAGCUUCCCAUCCCUGAAUGCUGCUCCACCCACCAAAGACUGGACAGAUGUCAGCAUCUGUCCAGCAAUAUACGAGGGAAUCACAAGGACGGCUUUAGUGAAAGCUGUGGAUGAGCUGACAGAGACCAUCAAAAAUGAGAUGGAGAUGAUACGGGACGCUCAGUUCGACAACAUUCGGCAGAAUGCAGUGGAUGUUACUUUGGAUCCUUAUAUGGCACAUCCUGCUCUCAUCCUGUCCAAUGAUAGGAAGCAAGUUCAUUGUGGGGAUGCAUGGAAGAAACUGCCAGACAGAUCAAAAAGAUUUGAACCUGCAAUUAAUGUUUUAGGGACACAAGGCUUCUCCAGUGGAAGACUUUACUAUGAUGUCCAGGUAAAAGGAAAGACUGUGUGGACGUUAGGAGUGGCCAAAGGGUCGGUCAAUAGGAAGGGAGAAAUUAAACUAAACCCAGAGAACGGCUACUGGACUAUAUGUCUGAGGAACAGAAAUGAGUACUUUGCACUUGCUGCCCAUCCUGUCCCUCUCUCUGUGAAUGAUCCCCCAGAGAAGGAUCUGGCACACUGUUUCCUGACGCCGUGGGAAGCCAGCACCGAAGUCUGUGCACAGCCCUCUUAGACGAGGCCGAAAGACCUGGGACGUUAAAAUUCGGGUCCAGGCCGGUGUUUUUAGUCUGGGCCACGGCGGUGGGAUUCAAUCUGACGAUCCGAAUCACCAGUGAGAAGUCUGAGGGUUGAAGCCAGGUGACUGGAUCCUUGUCCAAGUACUCCAAAGAAAAAUUGGAGCUUGCCUCGCUGGGAGGGCCCGUACCAAGUGUUAUUGACCACACCCACAGCCUGUAAAAUUGCAGAGAGACCCUCCUGGAUACAUCAGAGCCACUGCAAAAAGGUUGAGGUCCCGGGAAGCCCCGACACCAAGGAGGAAGCACAUUAGGGAAGUCUCACCCACGCUUGGUUGCUUCAGUGGUGAGGGGGGAGUGCUGAUUGGGCCCCCGUAGGGUAAGCUCGCACUUCAACCUCCAGCCUCUGAUCAACUCUAGGGCAGCCAAGUGCGAGGUGUGACGGACCUGUUUGCAACCAUGGGAAGGUGGACCCUCUUGGUUACUUUGACUACGACGCUCACCCUUACAGGACCCCAGCUGAUGCCAACAACAGCUGAACCACAAGGCAGACAGAAAAGAUGGACGCACGACAACUCCCACCUAAGAGACAUGACGCAAGACCACAUCCACCCUUGGAUGAAUAAUGCCUGGUCGGAAAUCGGAAGAAUCGGAAAAUACAGACUGUUAUGUCUGUUCUUAUAUGCCCAGCACGUCAACACACCCCACACUAUAUGGCAAGUAUAUGAACAACACUCAAGCAAAGUGUGCAGCUAGCUUCACUGGCAUUGGAUUCCAACACAGCCAAAUCAUCCUCGAAGAGACAAACCCAUCUACCUUUUACACUCUUCAUGUCAACCUUCAAGGAGGGUUACAACGCAAGAAAAUCACCGUCGAAGACGUUGUACUUGAUAAAGGAGCAUGUGAUCAACUUUUCUGGAUCAACUUCAAUGUGACAAACCGCAAUACAUCCAUCCACUUCCCAGUGACAAUGGGCGUAUUUCAUACUGCCCCCAGGCUGGACAGGAACAUGUGCUCCCAUAUUCCUGUCAGACCACACCUUCAGGAUGACCGCAGUAAACACCACUUCUACAGCACGCCGGAAAAGAAGAUCAACGCUCCCCGAAAUUCAACCACAUGACCCAAUAUGGGGAAGCAACAUACCCGAGGAAUUCAAAUUAUGAACUCCUGGACAGAAAGUACUUCAUGCAUUGUUCCCCUGGGUGGGAACCGGAAAAAACAUGCUGAGGAUUGAAACUCUGGACUACCUUUUGGACUUUUCCUGAACGCUUCGUGCAAGAUCAACGAACAGCAGAAUCAGGAAAUUGAUGCAUUACGGAUUGCAGUGAUGCAACAUCAAGUAGGUCUGGACGUGAUACUAGCAGAGAAAGGGGGACUUUGUGUCCUCUUCAACAACACCUGCUGCACUUACAUACCAGACAAUGUACAUUCAUCAAACAUGACUGACGCACUGAACGCCUUGAGACAGAUCCAGCAGGCCCAAAAUCAGGACUAUGUAAGUGAUACAAGUGACUGGUUUUCUUGGCUUUACACUGGCUCCUGGCUACAGGUGCUAAAAAGACUACUCAUUGGAGUUGGAAUAUUUUUACUUUUAUUUUGUGUUUUUGUAACAUGUAUACUGCCAUGUCUAAAACUCAUGAUUAACCGCAUAAUUGUUUCCACUGUUGCUGCAUACAUAGCCGUGACAAAUGAUGAUGAUGACUCCGACCUGUUGGAACAUGAAGACUUUGUGUGAUUAAUGAUGAUGUGACAGAAAAUGUACAACACUUAAAAGUUAUACGUGACAACAGGAGGGAAUGUCAAUAGAAAAUUGUACUUAGUAGUCAGUAUAAUCUUUUAAUAAUAUAAGUUUGCAUAUGAUAGAAUACUGCAUGAUGACCUCUUUAUAACUCAGACUGUUUUGAUUCACUGUGACCCGUUAUCAUGCAGGGAAGGAGCAGUACCUGCUAGAUAAGAGCUUAAUAAGCAGUUUCACUUUGUACCAGGUAGAGGAGCCUCUCCUGGCACACGCACACACGCACACACACACACACACAUAUCCGCACAUGCUCACGCAUCAACAUUCCACUGAACAAACGUAUUCACUGUUGUAUUACUCUUCUUGUGUAUAAAUAAAGACCAGGGCAGUGGCAGAGUGCGAGUCUCGGAGCCCUCACUCCAAGUGUGGGUGCUCUGUGGCUGCCCUUGCA